UCGCUUCCUUCGAGCCCGACGGGGAAACAAAAUCCACCCCCAAGUCCCCUCGUCUCCCUCCCCCCGUUCGUCGUCGUCCUCCUCCUCGAAUCGUCAAUCGAGGGCCCUGCCCUUGCUCGCGCUCCAGCCUGAGCUCGCCAGCCGCGCUAACCACCCCUAGAGCUCGCCACAGGAGCGCCGACAACCACCACGGUGGCCAGUUCUCCGCGGCGCGCUCUGGUGGGCGAUGCGAUCGGAUGAGGUGUGGGCGGCGGCGGCGGCGGUGCUACGUUCAGAGGAGGAGGAGGAGGACGUCGAGCUUCCCCGCGGAGGCGCUGCCCCCACCACUCGGAGCCGGUGAUGGCACCGACCGCGCAGCCGCCGUCCCCGCCGCCGCCGCGGCGCCCCCGCUUGGGCCCGCCCCUCGGGCUGAAGAACCUCGGCAACACCUGCUACCUCAACAGCGUGCUCCAGUGCCUCGCCUCCACCCCUCCCCUCGCCAACUUCUGCCUGAACUCCCGCCACUCCAAUCUAUGCCAAAAGGUGUUUCCGAACAGGGACAAGGAGUGUGCAUUCUGCGUGCUUGAACGGCAGAUCGUGCGCAUGCUUCGGGCAGAAGCAGGGGCGCUGGACUCACCGGGGAAGAUCAUCCGCUGCCUGCCGCUCUUUGCCGAGCACUUCCGCUGGGGGCGCCAGGAGGAUGCACAUGAGUUCCUACGCUACGUCAUAGACGCCUGUCAUACUGCUUGCCUCAGGGUACGCAAGCGCCUCCCUGCGGCAAGUGCCAAUGGAGACUGUGGCCAGGAGGAGGGCCGGGGUCAGGGGAACUGUAUGUUGAUGAGGGAGACAUUUGGCGGGGCGCUGCUCAGCCAGGUGAAGUGCCUUGUGUGCAAGGGAGAGUCAAACAAGACCGACGAGAUCAUGGACAUCAGCCUUGAUCUGCUCGGGAGCAGUUCUGUUGGUGAUGCUCUUGCCUGCUUUUUUCGGCCUGAAUUAUUGGAGGGUGCAAACAAGUACAGUUGCGAAAGAUGUAAGAAGCUCACCUCAGCGCGGAAGCAAAUGUUCAUACUCAGGGCACCUAAGGUGCUUGUCAUACAACUGAAGAGGUUUGAAGGAAUAAAUGGCGGGAAGAUCAACAGGAACAUAGGGUUCAAGGAAUCUCUUAUUCUUUCAGACUUCAUGUAUAACAAAAACCAGGAUUCACAGCCAGUGUAUAAUCUUUUUGCCAGUAUCGUCCAUUCAGGGUUCUCCCCAGAGUCUGGUCACUACUAUGCAUAUGUUAAGGAUUCUAUUGGUCGCUGGUAUUGUUGUAAUGAUUCUCAUGUCUCUCUCUCAAGCUCUCAGGAUGUUUUGUCUGAGAAGGUCUAUAUCCUAUUCUAUAUACUGAGUUCCAAAACUCAAAAGCAUUGUACAAAUGGUUACUCUUCUAGUGCAGUUAAAUCUUCCAACACCAAUGGAAAUGGCAUAUCAAGUGCCACAUGUAGUGAGCCCUUGAAGAUACAAUUAGUGAAGCAGAACGGGCCAUGCUCUAUUAAAGGUAUUGCCCCUCUACCCCUGAAAAAUGGUAAGAUUGCACCGGGUGCACAUGUCAAGCCGAUCCACUUGAAGAAUACAGGAACAGAAAAGGUUUCAUCAAAUGGCAAACAGGACCUCAAUUUAAGAAAUAAGCCAGAAGUUAAUGGGAAUGUAACACUACCUGAAUCAAAUGGCUGUGAGCCUGGAAAAUCUAAUGGUAUUAUUUCUUGCGAUAAGAUGGACGUUGAUUCACAAAGAAUGUUGCAAGACGCAGAUGGAAAUGGACACCCAAUUCAUUCUGCUGACCUACAAGAGACCACCAUUGAUAAGGCCACAUGUGCUGAAAAAUACCCUGAACAGCCCUCUAAUGAUGCUGCCUCAACACUGGACAAGAACAUUCGAAGUAAAGAGAAUUCUAAAGGCUCGGUUUUACACCAUGAUGAGGUGCCUGUUAACUCGGUCAAGGAAGUGGUGGCUUCAGCCAAAGACAGUGCAUUGAAGCACCAUCUGGGAGAAGGGAAGUUCAAGGAAAUGCUUGCUGAGUCAGCAUCUUCUGAGCUUCGGUCCUGUGGUUGGGUGGAUGAUGUCUAUCAGUUCAUGCGUUCUACAAAGAGGCGGUGUAUAGAAAACACAGGCAUAGCUCAAGAUAAUGAUGAGAUCAGAAAGCAGCUAAUAACUGAUUCUGGAAGGGUGUUUAAGUCAAAAGUUCCAGAGGCACUAAGGGAACGUCUGAUUAAAACUCUGAAAUCAUACUAUGAGGACAAAUUUUGAUUCGAUGCUUAAGCUUUUGUGCGGAAGUUCUUUGAAAGGUGCCAGUGGAAUCCUGUUGGUCUACUAUGAGCUCCUUGCGCGGCUUAGUUCCGAGGCAUUUUUGUUUCCAGAGAUGAGGUUGAGAAGUAGAGUGGCCAAGUGACAAUGUAAAACAUUGCCUUCUUUUUGUUUCCCUACUCUAUAGGCUUGAAACUCCAGAACCUGGACCUUCGUUCCACCCCUUCUAUGUUUAGACUGUAGAAGAUUAUUUUCUCCCUUCUUCUGUACAAUAAUAUUUUGUAGAUUAGCUCAUGAGUUUAUUGGGUUUUGACCUGUUCUUGGGAUACUCUUUUCAUAUCUCUAAUUAUACUUGGAUAUUUUCAGCUA